AUGGCCACAGAAACUCAAGUGUUUGGUCGAUGCAGUGAGAUAAACCAAUUGAUAGAUAUGCUGUUGGAUACAUCUACCUCUGACACCGACGACAACAUAUCAGUCGUGUCUAUUGCCGGCAGAAGAGGAGUGGGAAAGACCACUGUCGCACAAUCUGUUUAUUGUAAUCGAAAAGUGGAAAAGCAUUUUGAUCUAAAGGCAUGGAUUUGCUUUAAAUCGAAGCCAUUUCAAUUGAGAAUUUCUAUGAUAGACAUGACUAGAUCUGCUCCUAUGGAAAUAUCUGACUAUGACAAUGAUCUUCUCGAUCUUCUCGAUCUCGAUAGAAUCGAAGAGAUUCUUUGUGAGGUGUUAAAAGGAAACAAGUAUUUAAUCGUGCUGGAUAGUGUAUGGGACGAGAGGAACUGGAAGGAGAUGAGGUCUUAUUGGCUCGUGUUGUACGCUAUAUUUGAUCAAUUGGGGAAAGAAGGUAGCAAAAUCUUGGUCACUACUUGUUCUCAUGAUGUUGCAAACUAUCUGAACGCAAGGGGCGCAAUAGUUUUGAAGUGCUUAAAAGACCAAGUGUUUUGGAAGCUUUUCCGAUCAUGCGCAUUUGGUGAUGAUGCAAAUUUAUCAGAAAAUUUAGAAUGCAUUGGUCAGGAAAUAUCUAACAAGUUGGUCGGUCUUCCUCUCGCCGCAAAGGUUGUAGGAGGUCUACUUCACUCAAGAAUGGAGGAACACUACUGGAGGGAUGUCUUAGACAAUAUGUCAUGGCAACAGGACCAAGAAACUGAUGGAAUUCUCACAUCUCUAAGAUUGAGUUAUGAGUUCCUUCCCCAACACCUCAAGCCUUGCUUUCUUUAUUGUUCUCUGUUUCCUGAGGAACACCGAUUUGAAAAGGAUGCAUUAGUACAUUACUGGAUGGCACUGGAUUAUAUAGGAUCAUGCGCAGAAGGGGGGGAGGGGGAGAAGAGGACUCCAGAGGAUGUAGGACGAGAUUAUUUUACUGAAUUACAACACAGAUCAUUCUUCCAGAAGAGAAAAAUGCUAGAAACUUCGAAGACGGAAUUUUAUGUGACGCACAGUCUUCUUCACGAUGUUGCAAAAUUUGUCGCUGGGGACGUAAUUUACCGAUAUGAAUAUGGCAAUUUUAUACGACCAAGAAUUCCCAAUGAGGUCUGUCACCUGUAUCUCGGCUCCACUGACUGGGUUAAUGUCUUACGGCGUCAAAUUAGUGAAGUGAAGAAGCUGCAAAGCUUGGUGGUACAUCCUCCUCCGUACACAGACUCAACGGUGGUAGACUUGAAAGCCAUAUUUACAGCAUUAUCAAAUGUACGCAUUUUGAUAUUCCUAGAUCAGGAUGUGGCUACUCAUGUUCUAACUGAGUGCGUUGAUUCUAUGCUACAACUGCGAUAUCUUGAAGUGGCUGGUGGAGCAGAAUGUUAUAAGCCCUGGGGGGGCAAUCAUCUGUGUCACUUGCAAGUCCUGAAAGUCACAAAAAUUAAAUAUAGGCUCGAUGAUAUAUCCUUUGGCAGUUGUUUGACUCAAGUUUUUGCUAAAUUAAACAACCUGCGCCAUUUAUACAUGGACUUUUAUUCUGCUGUGUCUGGAAUUGGGCUCUUGACUUCGCUGCAGGAACUGAGCAGGGUCUUUAAAGUUGGAGAACAUGAGGGCAAGAUAAGUCAGCUAAAGCAUCUCAAUCAACUUCGAGGAUCCCUUCUAAUCAAAGGUUUGGAAAAUGUCAGAGACGAGAGAGAAGCAAAGGAAGCCAUGUUGGAGAAUAAAGAAUACCUUGAAAAAUUGGACUUGUGUUGGUCUCCUGCAGAUAAGGUUAAUGCUGCCAGUAUUGAAAGGAACGAGAAUGUUCUCCGAGGACUCCAGCCUCACUCCAACCUGAAAGAGCUAAAAAUUAUUAGUUAUUGGGGUCCAAUGGCUCCGAGUUGGAUUAGUGAAACAAAAUUGUCGAACAUAGAGAGGAUUGAACUAUUCGGUUGUAGGAUCAUGCAAGUCUUCCCUCCACUCGGAGAACUCCCUUUGCUCAGGGUUCUACGUCUUGUUAAUCUGGAUUUCCUGGAAUAUAUUGGUAACGAAGUCUAUGGUAAGGCUGAUGAUCAGGCUUUCCCAAUGCUGGAGGAGCUCGUAUUACUUCGCCUGUUGCAAUUGAAAGAAUGGUCAGAACCAAAAGGUGGUGGUAAAAUUACAAUGAUGCCUCGCCUUCGUAUUUUGGAAAUCCAACAAUGCCGGGAGUUGAAGCUGCCUAUCCCCUUCGCAUUGGAUUCGCCACUCGGAGAAUUUAAAGUUGGCCUUUAUUCGCCUAAACUCAAAGGCAUAUCAUUGCUCACUACUUAUAUUCCAGUUAACUGCAAGCUUUCCGGACUCAAAAUUUUGUCUAUUGGUCCAACGUCCAAAGUUGAAAGAUUCAGUGGUGAUGAGAACGAGUGGUUUGAACGACUCACGUCUCUUGAGGAGCUAAGGUUCACCGAUUGCGAAGAUCUGAAGUCACUACCCGCUACUUUGAGAAGCCUUCCAUCUCUUAAGAGGCUGCAUAUAGACAAGUGCCGUCAAAUUCACUUCCUGCUGGAGGAACUUCCUGCUGCCUUGGAAGAGUUGAACAUGAUUGAUAACUGCCUGCAGCAGGCAACAUCUGCUGGAGCCAAACCUGCAGAAUAA